AUGCGGGUCGUCAAGAGCAACACGCUCUUCGACAAUUUCAAACAACCCCAAGCGAAAUUGUCUGCCUCCAAGCCCUACAUGUCCCCAGAACGCUUUCUAGCAUCCGAAGUUGGAAUAGCCGUGGUGUUUGCAUUGAUGCUAUCUUUCCAAUCUGCAACUCUUGGUGUCGUCGCUACCAGCAGUGACGAGCCACAAAUACAGGGCCCACCGUUUUUACUGUUCGGGAAUGUCACUUUGGGUACAACUUUUCUCACGCAGCCCCGAGUUGUUCAUCUUCGAGUCGACAUUGAAGGCCAGAGAUGGAGCUGGUCGAUGGAAAUGAAUAAGACGAGCUCGUACGCCUUCAAGUAUGGCGGUUCCCAAUCUCCGUCAAAACGAGGAACAUUGACAGUCCGAAUUCCACACGGGGGUCAAUCAACGCACGUCAUCAGGCAUGCCUUCCAAGUUACGGGCGUCCAGCGUUUGGACAUUGACGAAAGAGACAUCGACCCCGAGGAAGAAAGGUCUCUGUCAACUAACUCGUUGCCAGGGACUACUGAGCUUGUGCUUCUGUUUGAUGGUCCUGCUCCUCUACCAACGUGCGCUGGAGAAGAUCUUACGGAAAGCUAUUGGCCCAUGAGUACAGUUCAUGGUGCUCAGUGUUCAGUGCAAUCCAUCGUUUCCAGCCUAAAGCUCAUCGAUGAUUUGACCUGCGAAUGGAGAGAAGAAAAAAGCCCAUGCACCAUGCAGUUCGGAAGUUGGCCUAGGAUGGGAAACAGGUGCUGUCCACGCAUGGCAGGAUGCACAUGCAAGGUUAUUGGAAGCUGA